AUGCCGAGCAGCAGCGCCGCCGCGUCUUCCUCGCCCUCCCAGCCGCUCCCGCUUCUGCCGGCGUUGGGAUCCGUCCUGCUCUCGCCCGCUCUCGAUGAGCAGGAGGUAGCGGCCGGGGCGCACGAUCCUGAGGGCAUGAUGGCGGCAAUGCUGUCCCACGCUUACGGCGGUGGCCUGAGUGGCGGCGGUUCGGUGGGCCUCAGCGGCGAGCAGACGGCGUUGCUCUGCGGAAAGAGCGUCAACACCACCGAGUGCGUGCCCGUGCCCAGCUCUGACCAUGUGGCUGAGAUCGUGGGCCGCCAGGGUUGCAAAAUAAAAGCACUAAGGGCCAAGACAAAUACUUACAUUAAGACCCCUAUUCGGGGAGAAGAACCAGUCUUUGUUGUCACUGGGCGAAAGGAGGACGUAGCCAUGGCUAAAAUGGAAAUUCUCUCAGCUGCUGAACACUUCUCCAUGAUCAGAGCAUCACGCAACAAGAGUGGUCCUGCUCUGGGAGGCCUGCCAUGUACCCCUAAUCUGCCAGGUCAGAUGACAGUCCAAGUCAGGGUGCCUUACCGUGUAGUUGGGCUGGUGGUUGGACCAAAAGGAGCUACAAUCAAAAGAAUUCAGCAGCAGACCCAUACCUACAUAGUCACCCCCAGCAGGGACAAGGAGCCAGUCUUUGAAGUCACAGGAAUGCCUGAAAAUGUCAACUGUGCACGUGAGGAGAUAGAGAUGCAUAUAGCCAUGCGUACUGGGAACCACAUCAAGCUGAAUAAAGAGAAUGAUUUCCACUACAAUGGUACAGAUGUGAGUUUUGAAGGAGGCACUCUCAGGUCUGCAUGGCUUGUUUCUAAUCCUGUCCCUCUUAGUUGCACCAGAAUGAUUUCUAAUUAUAGGAACGACAGCUCCAGCUCCUUGGGAAGUAGUUCCACAGAUUCCUGUUUUGGAAGCAAUAGAUUGGCUGAUUUCAGCCCAACAAGUCCAUUCAGCAAAAGCAACUUUUGGUUUGGAGAAACAUUGCCUUCAGUGGGCAUGGAAGACCUUGCGGUUGACUCUCCUGUGUAUGACUCCUUAUCAAUGCCUUCCCAAACCAUUUGGACUCCUUUUGAACCUGUAAACCCUCUCCCUGGCUUUGGUAGUGACCCUGCUAUUAAUACUAAGCCUCAAUGCCGAGGGAGACAGCCAUCUACUCCUUGCCUGUCACCCACAUUUCCAGAAAGCCUGGAUCACCCGCUGGCUGGGAGAGCAAAUAAUGACCCACCUAGCACUGGCCACCAAGUAGGCCUCCCUAUCUACAUCCCUGCAUUCUCCAAUGGCACCAACAGCUAUUCAUCUUCCAAUGGUGGCUCCACGUCCAGCUCACCCCCUGAGUCAAGACAGAAGCUCGACUGCGUGAUGUGCUUCGAGAACCAAGUUGUUGCGGCUCUGGUCCCCUGUGGUCACAAUCUCUUCUGCCUGGAGUGUGCCAACAAAAUCUGUGAAAAGGAAGUCCCAUUGUGUCCUGUUUGCCAGAUAGCUGUUACUCAGGCAAUUCAAAUUCACUCUUAAAUAGAGAUAUUAUAGGGAUAUUAUUAUAUGUGGACUUUUAAAGACUUGAAGGCAUAGAUGUAAUGGUACCCUCUAGUAAACUUUCUAAUGAAUUCUGACUGUUUGACUUCCUUGGGAUUAGACUGAAGUUAUUAAUAAAUUUUUACUUUCUCAAAAGGCUGCUAUGGUAACACUAAACUUAAAGGGUCUCUGUCUGGUACAGUGUAAGCAGAUGGCAUGUUUAGCAGAGAUACAUCUGGUAUAAUGUUAUGGCACAGUGAGGGCAAGUUUUCAUAAAUUACACAACUGAAAAAACCCCUAAAAGUUUCCAGGCUUUUCUAAAGGAUCUCUGUUAAUUGUUUGGCUUCUGUGAGUUGGCAGCAAUGAACCUUGUUGCCUAAAUGCAAAAGUACUUGUCUGCUAUGGAGGAUGUGUAGUCUUAUCUACAUAUCAAACAACACUUCCAAUGCUAUCUUCUACCAGCUUUGAGGAAAUUUUUUUUUUUAUGUGACAACUUAUGCCUAAUACUUCAGCAUUGCAAAUAUCUUUUAAAGUAUAGUUUGAUUUAUUGAAACGGAUUGUGUUAUUUGGCAGGUUCAGAUAAUAAAUGACAGGUGGGAAGAGAGAAACUGCCAGAUGCACCUUCAUUUUGUCCUUGAUAAGGGCAGUAUGUCCAGAGGAUCAGGAAUGUCUCAAUUUGUGAAUUCCUACCCACUGCUUUUGUUAGUGUAAUGCGGAAAAAGUCUGUCUGGCUUCAUCUAGUUACAGUAAGGGCUUUGGGAUGCACAUACUUUGACUAAGAGUGAUGAUGCUGACAUUCUGUUCAUUAGUCUGAUCAAGCUGUUCUUGACCUUUUUUAGAGAGUAUAUAGUUCAAAAUGUGAAGCAUUUUUAUGUUAAAUUCAUGUCUUACUCAUAAAUAUAUAUUUUUAGUAAGAAAAAGGAAAAAGGGGGAGUUGUGUAAUGUCCUUGUAUUAUUCAUGACAGCAGCUGUGACAGUGGCCCUGUAAUCAGUUUACUUCAUUUCAAAACUGUCUUUCCAAAAAAAAAAAGUCUCUUGAAUGAGCUUCUUACAUUUCAACCUGUGGAUGUUUCUAGCUUUUUCAUCCUCAGUACAUUACCAAAUCUGUGCUGACAUAUAUUAAAACAGCAAAAACAAAAAAAAGACACAAAAGUAGAGUCCUGAUGUAUUUUUUCCUCUUUUUUAAAGCAUUAUUUU